AUGCCGAAGACAGCCGCCCUCAGCGGCAAGUUCGGCGUUCGCGGUACCGGCUAUGGUAGCGACGAGGAUUUCACGAGCAGCAACAGCAACAAUGGCAGCAGGAAUGGCGCAUACCAAGUGCCGUCUGCCCACACCACCGUCAUCUCCGGUGGUACGUCCCUUGGAACACCCACCGUCGCCAGUACUCCCAUCCUCGGUGGCAACAACAGCAACAGCGGCUCUCCCGUCGUUGGACCCUCCAAGUCCGAUGCCGCUGUGUCCUGGAGGCGCGGGGGAAACAACAACUCUGUCCUCAACGGCGCGAACAGGCCCAGCGUGAAGAUCACCCCUCCGCCCUCGGACGCAUCUUCCCCGCCUCCCUCGACCGCCGUCAGCCCGUUACGCACCCGUCCUCAGCCGCUCCAUUUCUCCGCUGCGGUCUCGCAGCCCAUGAGCAACGUCGCCAUUGACGAGAGCGCAGACGAGGGAGACGAGUCUUCCGUUACCUCUUCGUCCAAGUCUGCCGCUUCGUCCGGACAGUCGCCCACGACACCCGACUCGGCCUCUUCCUCCACCGCGUCUGCCGAUCAGCAGUCACUCUCGCCGCGCGAGGAGGCCGCGAAGAAGCUUUACGAGGGACUCGGGAUCGGGAGGCCCCUUCCGGGAGGAGUGAACGGUGCGGGUGCAGGUGCGAGUGCGAUGGGACGUUUGGGAUCCGUGUCCGCUACGAUUCAGAAUGGUGCUGGCGCUACGCAGCGCGUGAUGAGCAGCCAGCCGAUGAGGCAGCCUCGAGGGCCGCCAAGCGGUGCGGACGAGCUGGGCCCGAGGAAUUUCGCGACGAGGAUCAGGAGGAAGGCGAUUGGGGGUUUGGGAGCGCUCAUGGCUAGCGCGAGGGAGAGGAGGGAGAUUUCGAUCGAGGCGUUCUGA